AUGAACCUAGAUGCUCUGUUCCAACAAAUAGAGCGCACGGAGAAGCAGGCCGAGGAGAAGAGGCGUCUCAUACACCAAGUUAAAUUCGACAUAAACAGAAGUUACGAAAAAAUUAACCAAAUAAAAGAAGAGCUGAGCAAUGCAAAAAUAAAAUUAGAAACUAAGGUUCAGCAUCUUUAUGAAAAACUUUUCUACUUAGAACUUCUGAAGAAACGUGAAGACAGCUUAGAAAAACAGAAAGUUGAACUUAUUAAUCAAAAGAGCACUCUUCUUAAAAUCUUUACAGAUGCAAAGAAAAAAAUGACUGAAGAAGAAGAUAAUUUUAUUAGGGAAGUAACAGAGUUUAACAAUGAAUAUGGACUAACAAGUAAUAGAGAUCUUCUGAUUAAAAAAAAGGUCAAGACUGAAAUAAAUGAUUUAGAGAAUGAGGCAACUCUAUUAAAAAGUGAAAUGGAGUCAAUGGAACAUAAAAAUGUUCAGUUAAAUGCACUCCAGCUGCAGAAGAAUGAAUUAAAGAAGGAUUUAUUUGCUCUCCAGAGCAAACUCAAAGAUCUUGAAAAAGUAAUCAGGGAGGCUAAAGGAGUCACAAAAGAUUUAGAAGCAGAGAAAGUCCAAGUCACUGAAAAACCUCAGACUGAUCCUGAAUGUUUAAGGCUUAAGAAAGAAUUGGAAAAUUACAAAGAUGAUAAUUGGGAAAAUGUCUGCGAGACUUUUCGAACAGAAAUUGAAAUUCUGCAAAUGAAACUAUCACAAAAAAAGUCUUCGGGCAAUUGA